CGAGUACACACAACCUCAAUUCCAACGGCUAUCGGUGUUGUUUGACCGCGCUUGAGGCAAUUUGUUGCUACGAAUCAGGCGAUUUGGAUUUUGGAAAGCACGCGCCAAUAAGCUGGGGUUUUUUUUGGCAGGACAGGCGAGAGCGACCGAGCGGCUGGCGAAACGUCAAAACGACGGGUUCACCGUUUAUCACAUUUUAUUUUGAUUGCCGGAUGGAAUCGCACCGGAACCGUACCCGCGCACCGAGGAAGAAACGCGAGCAGGCAGCCGGGAGAAAAUAGCGACAUCUGUGGCGCACCUCCCUCCUCCCCCCAUUCCCGACUCCCGGAAAACGCCACGGCGUGGCAUCUACUUCUCCCAUUCACCCACAAGGAUACAGCUACACACAUACACAGCCACGAACGCCCGAGACUAUCGCCAUACGGAGCGAGCAGGGCUGCCAUUGGGCGGCCAGCAAUCCGGGCCACCUGCUGGAAGCAGUACGGAAACAACCGGCCGGAGAGGGCAAAGAAAGCAGCUUAAAGGAAGGCACCAUAACAGACCAGAGCGCCGGACGUAGCAUCCGGGACCCGCGACGAGCCCCCAUGUCCACUGACUAAGGAGCACGUUCCGCUAUCCGCGCCGGGCAGACAUGACGCAGGGCAGACCAUGGGAGGGAAAGGAGACACAAAACCGUCACAGCAGCAGUGCGCGACGAAGCGGCGCACCAAGAAGAAGCCAGCAACCGACCAGCAACGGCAACCCAAAACGAUCCCUUCUGGCGGCGGUGGCUCGAGGCUGGUCCGCGCGUCGUCCGGCGACCGCCAGGAGCAGGAAAUGUCGGCCGGUGGCGGUGGAAGCGGCGGCGGCAAGCGCUACCAGACCGCCCGCACCCAGGCGGCCUCACAGCGGCGGGUGCGCCGGCUGGCAUCGGAUGGGCCGGCCGGCCCGGACGGUGGCGGUGCGGUGCCGCACGAGCUAGCAGCGAACGUGCCGGCGGACAUGCGCAUCUCGAAGCUGCUGCGCCGGCUGGUGGGCGAAACGAGCGGCGGCCCCCUGUUUGCGGAGCUGUGCGACCGGCUGGAGCUAGUCAUACUCGACCCGUCCAACGCGUCCUACGUGCGCAAAUCGUUCGACCUGCUGGCGCACACGGUCGCGCAGAUACUGGAGGGCGGGCUGCGCGAGUGCCAGGACCGGGUGGCCCAGCUGUUCGGCAUGCUGCUGCACGUGCUGGUCGGGGGCGCCGGGCCCGACUGUGGCACGGUGCUGCGCGGCUGGACCGACCGCUACCUGAACCAGUCGAAGCGCAUCCGGCGGCCGGCGCUGGUCGCGCUCCGCCAGCUGGUGGUGCUGGACCGGACGGAGCGGGGGCUGGAACCGGUCGCCGAGUGGCUGGUCGGCUACCUGCAGCAGAUACUCGAGCAGACGGACGUGCUGGACGUGUUUCUGCUCGUGACGGACGUGAUGGUGCGGCUGGCGGACGGGUACGGGCACGCGUUCGCGCCCCAUUUCAGCGACAUCGUGGACAUUGUGGUUGGUUGGCAGCUGGAGAGCACGCAGCCGACCGCGGUAAAGCUGCACUGUGCGCGCGUGCUGCUCGCCUUUCGUCCGUUUUGGUGCGAGCAGCGUGACGUCACGUUUAACCUGCUGGAGCAGUUCAGCGAGGAUAUUGACGGGCACUGCGGCGACGUGGAGUACGCCGAUCGGGCGCAGGCGGACGACGCGAACCGGCUGUUCGGUGCGCUGCUGACCGCGUUCAACAGCGUGUUCAAGUGCCUGCAGGAUGCGGCCGGCGAUGGAACGUUCCUGCUGCAGCCGGACGAGCUGGCCCGGUUCGACUGCUGCUGCUGCACGAUCGUGGCGAUCGUGGUGCGGCUGCUCGAGGCACCCCCGACGGGGCUGGCAGUGGCCGCCAUUUGUGAGUUCAUCAUGCUGAAGCUAAUGCUGCCCGCGUCCACCCUAACGCCGCUUGGAGAGGACGAACUGCUGGAGAUUGUCGGUCGGUUGGUGCAGCAUGGAAGCGGCUACAGCGACGAGCAAAUUGGGGCUGUGCUGCAUCUACUGCUACGAUACGCCGACGCUGGCGGCAACACGGAAAGGCAGCACGCACGCGCUCUCGCCCUGCGGCCGCUCAUCUUCGCGGAGAGUGGACCGUUCUACGCGUUUCGCUACCGGCAGAGUGCGGCCGUGAAGCGGGCCCUGCUGCUGCUCUACCACCGCAUGCUGACGCUCAAGCACGCGGAGGUGCUGCAGGGCGCGUACCGCUCCAUCCUGGCCGACAUCGACGAUGCGCUCGGGAGGCUGCGGGCGGUCGGCAACCGCACACCGUCCCCCGGGACGCUCGUGCGCCUCCAGUACCGCAUCCAGUUCAAUCUGCUGCUCCUUUCCCCACUCGCCAUGGCACGCAGCUCCAUCUUCAUCACCUGGACGCUCCGGGAGGAUCCGGUGCUGCACGUGCUGCUCGAGCGGCUCGCACCGGCCGACGGCCGGCUGUGGGAUCGGCGCACGCACGCCCCGCUCCACUACGCCGUGCUGCUGACGGCGUUCCACCACUGCAGCGCGAACAAUCACUUCAUCUCGUCCAGCGGGCUGCUGCGGCCGGCGGGCCGCACCGUGGUGGAGCGGUUCCGGCGUGACACGAGCGACACGGACGCCCCGCCGGAAAGCCCCACCGCGGACCAUUUCGGGCUGGUGCUGCGCUUUCUCGGCACGAUACUGCGGCAGUGGGGCACGCGGCAACAGUCGGGCGGCCGGCUGUAUGGUGCGGUGCGCGGCACGGAGCUGCUACCGCUGCUGCUCGACUGGUGCGUUGCGAUCGUGACGCAGACGACGCGGUACCAUGAUGUGCUGCACGACUGUGACGACUUCAACCAGCUGCUGGUGCACGUCGGGACGGUGGCGGUCGAGCGGGGCAGCGAAAGUGAAACGAUCGGGUUGCGCUGUGCGGACUGUCUCGAUGCGGCGUGCCGGUUCGCGAGCCUGCACCCGUCGGCGUACCAGGCGAUUGCGGAGGCGUGCUGCGUCCAUCUCUGCUCGGUGUACGGCAGCUUGCGGACGCGCUACACGGUCAUCUUUUCGAAGCUGCCGCUGCGCCACUCGCUGCGCCAGGUGAACGAGUUUACCGGGGUGAACCGGCGCCGCUGGGAGCAGAUCGGGGAGCUGAAGAACGGGCUUUAUCAUCAGGGCGGCUAUGCGCUGCAGCAUUCCGCCACGCUGCGCAUGGCCGAUCUGCGCACACUGUUCAACCGGAUCGCGUUCAGCCGGGAUGGAUCGGAGUACGCGGGGGGCUACCUGCACGAGCUGCUGACCCGCUCGUUCAACCAGCCGUCCCAGUACGGCGAGAUGGCACUGCGCGAUCUGCGCUGCCUCAUCCCGUGGGCCCAGUGGGAGGCGGCCCAGCUCUGCGUCAACCAGAAGCUGCGCACGCCGUUCGGCAAACCGCAGAGCACGUUCCUGCGCAUCGAGUCGAUCGUGAAGCAGUGCGCCCGUAUACUGGCGCUGACCGACCGGUUCCCGGUGCGCGACAUACGCACCUCGAUCGCGAACCAGCGGCACGCCCGCAUCCUGCUCGGCUUUCUCGAGGCGCUGGAAAAGUCGAUCUACAACGCGGCGGAGGGCACGGCGUACGCGCUGCCGGCGCCCGAGAAGCCCGCCCGCACCUUCUUCCGCGUGAACCAGUCGACGUGCGCGGAGUGGUUUACGCGCAUCCGCACGGCGGUGGAUCUGGUCGCGCUGCACUGCAUGGAGCCGGAGAUGGUGAUACGGUACUCGGAGGCGGUGCUGCGCGAGCUGGUGGCAGCCGGCAAGACGGGCGACCCGAUCUUCGAGCACAUGCUGAUGUCGCUGGUGUGGGCGCUGGUGCGCAACUGGGAGUCGGACGCACUGUACGGCGUGUACGUGUGGAGCAAGCGGCUGACCGGGCGCAAGUACUCGUGGAUCCGGAUGGCGGCGGAGGAAGCGUCCGGGCAUCGGGAGACGGCGGCGAGCGGGUUCCGAAGCAUACUGGCCGACCCGGGCAGCGCGGGGAUGGACCGGCACAUACGCGAUUUCAUCGUGGACCAGACGAUCCUGUCGCUGCUGUUUACCGGGGACUAUCGGCAGCUGUACGAGUUUCUGCUGGCGGAGGAAAGCAGCGGGACGCCGCGGGCCACCAUCCCGCUGAUAACGGUGACGGCCGCCCAGAUCCGGUCGAUCAUACGGUACGAGGAGACGCACGACGUGAGCGUGAUCGACAUCAGCCAGUGGGAGCUGGUGGACGUCGGCACCAACAUCCCGAACGACUUCUCCUGCCACAAGGCGAUCUGCGCGGUCGAGAACAGCCUGUCGGGGAUUAUACUGCAGGAGCAGAUCGAGCAGCGGCAGCGCAUGAUCGACGCGAGCACCGAGCUGAUCCAGUGCUACCUGCAGGAGUGCCUGCUGACCCGAUGCCGCGAGUACCUGUUCCAGCUGACCAUCACCAACCACAUCCUGUACAAGAUCGCGCAGCGCAUCCGGGCGCCGGACGCAACGGCGGCCGCCGGUGAGGCGGCCGGUGCCACCGCAUCCGCCACUGCGGACGGUGGCGGCGGACUCGGCUCGCUCAAUGUGGAGAAGUUUUACGGCACGCUGACGCUGAUGCGGCUGCUCGCGUGGUCCGAGUUCCUGCUCGCCGAUGCCGAUGCGGGCGAACAGCAGCAAAACAUCGACCUGCGCCUCGAUAUGGUGUCGAUCGGGCGCAAGGAGAAAAACUACGCCCUGUGCCGCCGGGAGCUCGAGAAGUACUACCACAAAUCGAACCUGAUCGGGCGACUUGGGGCCGCAGGCGACGAACCACCCAAGCAGCAGCGGCUCACGCUCGAGCAGGUGGCGGCCGCGCUGACCGCCCGCAGCGCUGGGGCGGCCGUGUGGGACGAAAACCUGUCCCGGGCGGUGUACGAGCACUGCAAGUGGCUGCACUGCCAGCCGGGCAAGCGGCUGGAGGCGAUCAACUUUGCCGCCUGCGCGACGGCCGCCAUCGAUGGGGUGCUGCGGGAGCGGCGCGGCACGGAGCCGCGGCUGGCCGAGCGCGUUGGCCGCUUCCUGCUCACCAUCAGCGACUGGAUGGCGGGCGAGGCGGGCGAACCGACGGCGAACGAGCUGGCGAGCGUGCGGCGGCUCGGGCAGCUGCUGCCGGCGGUCGGGGCGAAACCGCUCGCCGCCGACCACGCCCACAUGUUCCGGGCGUCGGACCGGCUGAUCGGGACGCUGCUGCAGGGCGCGGUGGACCGGUGUCCGUCGCUCGCGAAAGCUUGGUUCGCCCUCGGCUCGUGGCUGUACCGAUGGGGCAAGCGGCUGGUGGAGCACAGCGCGGCGGACGGUUCGCCUUCGAGUUCGCCUGUGCGUAUCAGCGUGGACCAGGUGGCGGGCAUAGUGGCCGGGCCGGCCGUUUCGCUUGCCGACUGUGAGCGCAUCGUGGAGAUACUGAACGAGCACGAGCCGGCCCGAAUGAUGGCCGGGCCGGAUGGAGGUGAAGGCGACGAACCCGACGAGCUGGAGCUGGACAGCUCGGCUACGAUCGGGUCGAUCGGGCUGCUGGACGCGCUGCACCGGGCGAUGCCGGGGCUGGAGCGGAACGUGCCGCCCGACCGGCUGCACGCGAUCAUCGACAUCUGGCGCAGCAACCAUCGGGCGGUGUACGGGCACUACGAGGCGGCGGCCGAAGCCUACUUCCGCUUUCUGCAGCUCUCGUCCGGCCGGAACGAGGCGGUGGAGGAGGAGGGCGUGGACAGCGAGCGGGCCCGGUCGGUCACCGUCACGCUGCGGCUGCUGCGCCUGAUCGUGAAGCACGCGCUCGGGCUGAAGGAGGUGCUCGAGGAGGGUCUGGCGACGACGCCGAGCGAACCGUGGCGCGUCAUCACGCCGCAGCUCUUCUCCCGCCUGGCGCACCACGAGCCGUACGUGCGGCGGCGCGUCUCCGAGCUGCUGUGCCGGGUGGCGAAGGAUGCCCCGCACCUCAUCAUCUUCCCGGCGGUGGUCGGCUCGGUGCAGGAGGAGCCGAGCCAGCUCGCCGUGGUGGACGUGCUGCGUGAUGGCGUGGAGGAAGUUUCCAACCGGCUGGAAGGAGAGGGCGAGAGCGCGCAGUCGGCGCAGGACGGUGGUGCCGGGCUGAGCUUUUGCUUCAACGCGCUGCUCGACAUACUGUCGCGCGAAAUCCCCGACACGGUCAAGCAGGUGCAGACGCUCGUGCACGAGCUGCGCCGCAUCUCGCUGCUGUGGGAGGAGCUGUGGGUGGUGUCGCUGCAGCAGAUCUACGCCGACUACACCAAGCGGAUACCGACGUUCGAGGCCGAGUACCGGCGCCUCUACGCAUCGGGCCAACUGACCGACCAGCGGCGCGCCCUGCUCGCCGAAAAGCAUCGCCUGCUGCUCCGGCCGCUCCUGUUCGUGCUGGAGCAGCUGUACGGCAUAACGUCGCGCCCGGCCGAAACCAAUCACGAGCGCCACUUCCAGGAGCGCUACCACCGGUACAUCCGCAACAUGCUCGCCAAGCUGCGCGAGCCGGCCGACUUUAGCCGGCCGAUCGAGGGCUGGAACCGGUUUCGCACGCUCUACGCCCAGCUGCAGCAGCGCAGCCAGAAGCGCUUCUCCUUCUUCCUGCGGCUGGCCGACGUCAGCCCGAACCUGCUGCGCCUGUCCAACACGGCGAUCGCGAUGCCCGGCAUCGACACGACGCUCGCCGGCAGCCGGCAGCCGAUCCUGAUCCGCACCGUCGACAACAACAUCCAGAUACUGCCGACCAAGACGCGCCCGAAAAAGCUCACCUUCUGCGGGAACGAUGGGCGCCGGUUCGGCUACCUGUCCAAGGGGCUGGAGGAUCUGCACCUGGACGAGCGCAUCAUGCAGUUCCUGUCGAUCGCGAACCUGAUGAUGACGAAAUCGAUCGACUGCAAUGGCAACGUGACGCACUACCGGGCGGAGCACUACUCGGUCAUACCGCUCGGCCCGCGGUCCGGCCUGAUUACCUGGGUCGACCAUACCGUGCCCAUCUUUUCGCUCUACAAGAAGUGGCAGCAGCGCGAAGCGCUGCAGAAGAAGGAGGGCAAGGGUGCCGGGAGCAGUGCGACGCUGCGCCCAUCGGAGCUGUUCUACAACAAACUGACGCCCCUGCUGCAGAGCCACGGGCUGAAGGCGAACGCGAGCCGGCGCGAGUGGCCGCUGCCGGUGCUGAAGCAGGUGCUGGCCGAGCUGCAGCAGGAAACGCCCCGCGACCUGCUGGCGAAGGAGCUGUGGUGCCACAGUGCGACCGCGUCCAGCUGGCGGCAGGUCAUCCGCAGCUACUCGCUGUCGCUCGCGGUGAUGAGCGUGAUCGGGUACAUCAUUGGGCUGGGCGACCGGCACCUGGACAACGUGCUGGUCAAGCUGGCGACCGGCGAGAUCGUGCACAUCGACUACAACGUCUGCUUCGAAAAGGGCAAAACGCUGCGCGUGCCGGAAAAGGUGCCGUUCCGCAUGACGCCCAACCUGGAGGAGGCGCUCGGCAUGACCGGCAUCGAGGGUACAUUCCGGCUGGCGUGCGAGCACGUGCUGAAAUCGCUCAAGAAGGGACGGGAGACGCUGCUCACCCUGCUGGAAGCGUUCGUGUACGAUCCGCUGGUGGACUGGGCGGUGGGCGAGGAGAUCGGCAGCGGCCUGCCGAUGACGGCCACCGACAUUACCGUCUCGACGGCGGCGGCCGCCUCGCACGCACCGGGCAGCGUGGCCACGACGCGCUCGAUCAGCCAGGCGAAGAAGCAGCUCGACCGGGAGGUGACGCGCGACACGCUCGCGGUCCGCUUUGCCGAGUGCCGCACCGACUGGUACCAGAACCGGGACGAGCUGCUGCAGCACCUGCUCUGCCUGCAGAAGCUGGUGCGCGAGCUGGGCGAGGUGCGGCGCGAGACGGCCGAGUCGGAGCGGCUGCGCAGCCUCUACUCCCAGAUGCUGCAGCUGAUCGGUGAGGUCGGCUACCUGGACACCGCAUUCGGCAGCCAUCCGCUGGCGAGCCUGGCCCAGCGGCUCGAGAUGCGCGCCCAGCUGCAGGAGGUGUACGGGGCGCAGCGGACCCAGCUGGCCCAGCAGGCGGACCGGCUGGCGCAGCAGCUCGCCCAGUACGAGCGGGUCCGCCGGGCGGUCGGUACGCCCGAGCUGGAGGGCUUGCGCGAGGAGCUGGCCCAACUGCCCGCCGCCCAGCUCGAGCCCCCGGACGGAGACGAGACGGAGCAGCUGCUCGUUGCCUUUCUGCCCCGGGACGAUGCGGACUACCAGGCGUACGCCCGUGCCCGGAUGGAGCUGAGCGAGCUGCAGCGGCGCGGUGGACCGAUCGCGCAACGCAUCCUGCAGCUGCUCGAGCAGUACCGUGGCGGGGAGGAGGAGGAGGAGGUGCCACCGGCGGCACACCCACUGCACCGGUACGCCGACUGGUAUCGGCGGUUGGCAGACGAGGGCGCCGACCCGCCGGCAGCACUCGAAACCGCCCAGCAGAUUGUGCGCGAGCACCAGCAACUGCUCGAAAAGACGGAGCGAGAAAAGGGAGAGAAGCAAUCGGUCGAUCCACCACCACCACCUCCCGGACCGUCGUUCGAGCGCAUUGUCGAGCUCAAUCGGACCCUGCUCGAAGCGGAACGUGCUCUGCUCGAUGGGGGCGUCGCCCUGCAACUACCCGCCCUGACCCGACUGCUCGACCGGCUGGUGGAAGAGUGCGGUAGCAGCCCGGCCGGGCUGCAGCAAACGGCGACCGAGUACGGGCAGCUUCGAGCGUUCCACGACAAGCUGCUGCCGCUGUACGGGGGAGGCACUGCCACCGCGUCCGAGAUGGAGGACGACCCUUGCGUACUGCAGCUGCACGAGCAGUUCGAGCAGCUGGUGCUGAACGUCGAGCACUGUCUGCGGCAGGGGCAGUGGGACGGCACGCGGUACAACAUAGUGCGCGAGGCGCACCGGAUGGCCUGCAUGCUGGCGAACAGCUGGACCGAGCUGAUCGUGGACGAGCUGCCCGAGGCGCUCGUGCUGCCGUUCGACGAGCUGCUGCACGGUCUGCCGACCGCCGACUGGCCCGGGACGACUGGAACGGUGGAGCCGACCGGUGGAAGCGCCGAGCUGCUCGACCAGGCAGCACUACUCGGUGUGUGGCACUACGAGCAUCCGGAAGCGGCAACGAAACAGCUCGCCCCCCUGAUUGCCACCCUGCUACAAGUGGCCAAAUUUCAAAGCAUGUACGAGCUGCGCAACGUACCACCGUACCACCGGCAGACGGCCGGCCCGCAGCCGCCCGACUGUGCUGCCCCGGUGAAGCGCUUCAUCCAGCGGUACGUUCGGCUGCGGCUGGCCGGGCGUGCCCCACUCGCAGUACUACCACUGUGCGCUCAGCAGCAGCACCACGACCCCCCGGACCAUCAGCCCCCGCCCGCAAACGAUCCCGACUGGCUGCGCAACCUUACCGAAGCGGUACAGACACUCACGGCCCUUCUGCCCCCACUCGACACGGCCCUGCGGCAGCUCAAUCGCACCACGGAAGCGCUGCGCAACCGGCUCGCCUGGGCGUCGGCGGCCCAUCCACCCCUCUGCCCGCUCGAGCUGCCGGUCGCGUUCGAGCAGCGCACCGGGCACGGGGCCGAGCGGUGCGCCCGCUGGCGCCAGUCGCUUGCGAUCGCGCACCAGCACGGCGAAGCCGUCCUGCGCUACCACCAGCCCCUGCACGGCCGGCUCGCCACCGACCUAACCGCCCAGCUCGACCGGUGGCAGAAGACGCUCGCCGGGUACACGCUGCGCGGGCCCUCGUUCGUGUCGCCCACCGAGGAGGCGCUGGUCGAGCUGCUCGACCCGGAGGGCGUCAUCGACCCGACCUGGAUCAGCAACGUGCGCGCCCUGAUCGACGAGCUGACCGACCAGGUGCUGACCAAGCUCGCCCGCCUCGAGCAGGACGAGCGCACGGUGCGGGCGGCCCUGCCCGCCGCCGCCAGCCGGCUGCUCGGGCUGGUGCGCGCCCACGACGCCAUCGUCGGCGACAUCCGGGCGCUGCUGCGCACCCAGCUGCGCAUCGGCGGGUCGGCCGCGCUGCGCGACUACCUCCAGCGCUACCGGCGCUUUCUCGAGCUGCUGCAGGCGCUGCACGACGCGCUGCCGACGCUCGAUGGGGGGGCCGCUGCCGAGGCGGCGGGCGCAAUGGUGGACGAACUGCUCGCCGGGCUGCACGACGUGUUCGGGCAGCUGUUCCAGUUCGACCAGCCACCGGACGACUGUGGCGAGCUGGUGGCGGUGGUGGAGGAGGAAGCGGAGCACGAAAAGGACGACGCAGUCGAGGAUGAGGAGGAGCAGGAGGAGGAGGAGGAGGAGGAGGAGGAGGACGUGAGCGGCACGGAUGCGGGCGGUGAUGCUUCCUCGUCCGUGCUGGCACCGCACGAACCACCGCUGCCACCGGUCGAUCGCAAGGAGCUGAAGCAAAAGGAGCAGAAGGAGCAGAAGCGCAACGCGUACGCCGUCUCGGUCUGGCGGCGCAUCCGCAUGAAGCUGGAGGGGCGCGACCCGGACCCGGGGCGGCGGUGCGGCGUCUCCGACCAGGUCGGCUGGAUGAUCGACGAGGCGAUGGAUCCGAACAAUCUGGCCGUGCUGUACGAGGGCUGGACGCCGUGGGUGUAAACAACAGCAAACAAAAAUGGCGCAACCGAUGGAGGCGCCUGGUUGCGUUUUCGCUUUUUGUUUUUUUUUUUUUGUUGUCAACAAAGGGCGAGGGCGUGUACGUGCUUGAAAUAUUUAGACACAAUCAACGCACACACACACACACACACACAUACAAACGCUGUCGAAGGAAUCAGGUGUAUAGAGUGUAAGGUGUAGGGGUUAAGGAAGCUCCUCGGGCAAAUGCGAUUUAAGUUUAAACAGACAGAGAGAGAAAGAGAGAGAGAGAUUGAGAGAGACAGAAAAUGUUGCUAUUACUCGCUGUAUUGGAUGGAGUGUUUGUUUUUUUAAAUAGUUUUUUUUUUUCAUUUUCUCCAAUUUCUUAGUGUUUUAAGCUUUACAGUGAGCGUGUAAAUUUACAACCAUAGCUACAGUGUGUGUACAGUAAGAAGGUAUAGUAGUGGAGGAAAAGAAAACAAAAAAAAUGUAGGAACAGUGUGUGUGUGUGUGCGUGUUUAGAAGGAGGAUAGUUUUUGUAGGCCAGUUUUUUUGUUUUUAAUUUUUUUCCCCCACUCGUGUGUAAAGGGAACCAUCUUUUUUUUUUUUUAAUUUGUAAGUUUGUAUCUUUUUUUUGCUAUCUCUAUUGUAGACUUUUUUUUAUAGACCGUGUAGCAAAAGCAAACGUUAUUGUGUUGUUAUUGUAAUUUCGCUGUGCGCUUGUUUAAUUGCUUUCAGAGUUUUUAGAUGUCUUAUUGCGUUUGGGGUGCAUUGGUUCAAGCAAAAAGCAAAAAAAAGUGUAAAUUAAAGCGUUGUACCUCUUACCAUCAUGUACCCCUACCGGGUGCAGUUGCGGGAAGAAAUGCGGUUAAAUAAAAUUGAAUUAAAAUGCGAUGAUUAAAAA